CCGUUCAACCGGUCUCCCCGCAGUGUUCGCGACAACAAUCAAGCGCCGACUUGGCAUGUCGUUCCGAGUCAAGAUGUAGCCCUGUCAUUGAGAUACAGGUGCGGUAAUGUAGGCCUGCAUAAUACAGCGGUGAUACAUUGGGCAUUCAGGACAGGUGUACAUACUGGGGCGACUCACUACUGGGACAAUCAAACUGUAUACGGUGCUGGGAGCUCAGAGACAUCACAGCGCUUGGUGCUAGGUCUGGGACAACAAGACGGUGUUUGGAGCUAACUAUGCGAGGGAGACCGCCAUGGCGGUCACAGGAUGUCUCAGACCAUGGUUCAUCGUUUUCAACUGUAUAUUCUGGCUGAUCGGGUGUUUCCUGGUCGGGUAUAUCUCCUGGACGCUGGCCACUAACCCUGCCCUGCUGACCAGCUUUCCGAAAGGCACCACAUACUUCACCUACACCAUCCUGACAGCUGGGGCCUUUAUAUUUGUCACAGGUUUCCUGGGUUGUGUUGGAGGUCUAAAGGAACACAAAUGCCUCCUGAUAACGUUUAUAGUCCUGUUGUUGAUCUUCCUCGCCGUGGAGAUAGGGGGCGCUGUGACCGCAUACCUUCUAAGGGGCGAGCUGCAGGUGUACCGCAACUCCACCUGGCGGGACUUCAACACUGACACACGGGACUUGAUACAGACUGAGUUGCAGUGUUGCGGGCUGUACACGUACAGGGAAUACAAUGAAACAGUGAUGAAGAUACCCCAUAGCUGUUUCUCAUCUCAGGCCAAUACGUCGGACAUCUAUCUCAGCACCGCUGGAUGUUGGAGUAAGAUCGACGAAUGGCUGUUCGCUAAUAUCGUGAUAUGGGCAUGCACAACGGCGGCCGUGGGUGUCGUUCAGUUGGUGUGCCUGGUCCUGGCCAUCGUGAUGCUGGUCAAGGUCUUCCGCUCACAGAAACACAUGGGGUUGUGGGACGAAUUCUACGACGUGAACUUCCUGCCGUGUAACAGCAACGCAGAGAAAGCCUUGCAAUCAACGGAUGGGAACUUCACCCUCAGUAGCUCCAGCAACUCGGUGAGUUCUCCAUUCAGCACCCUCAGCGUGACAGGGUCAGCUCGGAUGGACAGCGCCAUAAGGAGUCAACACGAGAAACAUUACUACCGUCGGAGCUGGACUUACAUGAACUUUGAUGACCCCUGCACGCCGGGCACCAGUGUCACGUGAUCAUAUGUCUCUUUAUGACUUGAUGUAUAUAAUAGUUAUAUCCAGUCAAACAUUGUUGUGUCGAAUUUUAAAAGGACCGUCGUAAAUAUUUCGAGUUAUCCGAGGUUCAAUAAAAGCGACAAAUACAUGAAUACAGAAAUAACACGAAGGGAUCAGGAGUUUUUCGGUAAGUUCGACAGAAUAAUGUUUUGACUGUGUAUCAUACUAACAUUGAUAUCAAAACUAGAUUUCCCCAAAGCUUCAUAAGUGGCCUUUUGAAUGACUCCGUGGAGUUUCUGUGAUGACCGUGUGUUAUGUCAGUUGAUGAGUCGGAACUCAGUGUGAGUGGGACUUGAAGUGUGUGAGUUUGUACAGUGAAUGAAUGAGUGAGUGAGUCUGUAAGUGUGUGGUUGGUACAGCUGAAUGUAUAUGUGGAUGCAUAGAACUGUAUGUACGUUUAACUUAUAAGUAUUGUACAAACCAUGUUUGAAUUAAAUAUACAGUGCCGUCG